CGUUAAAAGAUUGUGGAUCAUGGAUGUGGUUAGCUAGUGAGGCUAAACUUUAAUCGUUAAAUUCAUUCACCAGCGGAAAUAACGGUUAACCUGUCGAGGUUCACACACAGAGACUGCACCAGAAUGAUUGACGACUUCGAAAGUCAGGAGGUUCGGUCCAGCGGGGAGCUGUGGUCCGAGAUCUGCUCCAGUCUGCCGGAGGUCCGAGCUGAGGAGGCUCCGGAGACCAACACAGAGUUCAAAGACUCCUUCCAUCCGGCGGCACCGGUCGGGCUGCAGGUUAAUGGACAGGCGAAUGGGACGGAUACCAGUUCCUCCAGUGCCAAAUGGGAACCCAUGGAGGACUCAGAGAUGUACAUAGCCACCUUAGAGAACCGCCUGAAGAAGAUCAAGGGCCAGUCCAGCGACGUGACCUCCAGGGACAUGCUGCGCUCCUUAUCUCAGGCUAAGAAGGAAUGCUGGGACAGAUUCCUGCACGACGCUCAGACCUCAGAGCUCUUCCAAGGCGGCGAAAUGGACGAGAGUGCUAUCGAACACUUCAAGAGGUGGUUGAUACCUGAGAAAGUGGCCAUCAGCGCAGAGGAGCUAGAAUAUCUGCUGAGACCGUCUCAGAGUAAGGAACCGGCCGAAUCGAACCAAACGCAAAACGGAGACGACGCAGAAGGAGAGACGACGCAAAACCCCGACGAGGAUCACACCUCCAGCCCAGAAAAAUGAGUGUCUUAAAAUAGCAAAGCAUCAGAACUAAUUCACCGUGUAUAGGGAGGCUCGUUACCCCGCCACUCGUCUGGGUCUGUGUUGUGUUCUAGCAGUGUUCUGGCCGAAGCUUUUGUUAUCGGCGCCAAUUACAGUCUGUCAUCAUCCUCUGUAUCCUAAGCAACUGAGUGUUAAGCACUGAUUCAGUCACAUGCAUCCUGUCCCGGCUUUUCAUUCCUCGUUUUCAUCACGUCACAAAAUAUAGAAUAAUGAAGAAAUCGUUUGUCGUGUCGCAGCAGAAUAUUUUAUUUGUCUGCUGCUGUAUCUACUGCAGAUGUUAUGGAAGGACUACGUGUCGUAACGUGUGAUUGGUGGUGUGUUGUCCUGCAGAGAUGUUUCUGUUUGUAAGAAUCUAGAGUCGGAGCGAAUGUGAAGAAUCUAUUCCAGAAAAUAUUGUAACAUAACAUUUUUAUUUUUGUCAUGUUCAUUUUACACACAUGGUUUUACCCACGUUUCAAUAAAAACAAGUAGAAUAGA